UACUUUCCAUUUCUUUCAGGUGUGAAACAUGCAGCGAGAAGGAAGCCAAGUACAGAUGUCCACGGUGCAUGAGAUAUUCGUGCAGUCUCUUGUGCGUAAAGAAGCACAAGCUUGCACUGAGCUGUAAUGGAGUCAGGGAUAAAACAGCGUUUGUCUCUGUGAAUGAAUUCACUGACCUGAACCUUUUGAGUGAUUACCGUUUCCUGGAAGAUGUAGGAAGGACAGCUGACGCUGCUGCUCGGCAUCCUACUGUGCACAGCCCAACCACCAGAAGAAAUUUAUAUUGCUUGAGAAACAAAGCUCGGAAGUGUGAUAUCGACCUAAGGACUCUGCCCAUUGGAUUUACAAAAAGAAGAGAGAACUCGACCACCUUCAAUAACACGGAGAAAAAGUUCUACUGGCACUUGAAGCUCGUAUUUCCUCACUGUCACGCUGAAUACACUUUAAAACGGGUGCCUGACGAUAAAACACUCGCUGAGAUCCUCAAGCCCUACAUUGAUCCAGUGGAGUCGGAUCCUGUCGUUUGUCAAAGAUUAAAAAUGUAUACAGCGUCUCCUCAGUCAGAUGUGCAAAUUCUAAUGAAAAUAGAAAACAGGAAGCAAAACUCUGUCAGGUACAAUGAACUGGAUGCCAGUAAAAGCCUCCUGGACAAUUUGAAAGGCAAAAUCAUAAUUGAGUAUCCAACGUUGUUCGUGGUCUUGAAAACGCUGAAGAGUGACAUGGUGGUUCUUGGCCAAGAUGCCGCUGAACCUGCAGCCAACUCGGACAGCGAAGGUUCGUCCCUUUCGUCUAUGGAAGAGGGGGAAAUUCGGGACAAGUGGACGAGCUACUUGUGUCGUUACGGCAUUUAUUUAACGUUCAGGCUCUUCAGGUUCCAAACCUUGAGCCCUCACGGCGUGCCGGAGCUGAAGGGCCACCCGCUUAGAAAGCAACGGCUGGUGGAGGAAGCAAAAGCGUGCCCCAAGGAGGAGGAAGAAGUGAUGGUGAAAGCUGCUGCUGCUUCCAGGUUUUCUGCUGAAUCACAUUGUGGCCCCAGGACUUCUCCAUUUUGCCACGAGUGCCGAGAGGGAGCAGAGAGGUGCCCAAGUGAAGUCAAAAUGAAGUUGGUGGAUGAGGUGCAGAUACUGAGGGGAGAAAAAGCAGACAGGGCACCAGACUCAGCAAAGUGCCCCUGCUACCGCUCUCCAUCCUCGGGUGACCCCAGCGCUUGCACCAACGCAGCCGCCUGGGCCUUGCGUGACAAAUCGGAGCAGCUUAAAAAUAAGGAGCAAAGGACGGGGGCAGAUGAGAGGGGAGAGGUGGGACCGGGACGGCUGAAGCAGGAGCUGCUGCGGAGGGGACGGUGCUGA